CGCUUGCAGUCUUGCACCAGAGGUAACAGAGAUAGAGCUAACUAGCUGUGGCUAGGAAAAUGGCGGCGUCGACCGACAAGGUGGAGUUCGGCACCGGAGCGGCGGCGGCGGCGGCGCCCAAGCAAGAGCCGUCGUGGGAGUACCACCUGCGGAAGUACCUCAUGCUGCUGGCCACGCUGGUGGCCACGGCGACGUACGCGGCCGGGCUCAGCCCGCCAGGGGGAGUCUGGCAGGAGUCCGGGCGCGACGGAGAAGGACGCUCCCACGAGGCCGGCGACCCGGUCCUCUACCACUCUGCCCGGUACCUCGCCUUCUUCUACUUCAACGCGACCGCCUUCGCGGCGUCGCUCGUCGUCAACCUCCUCCUCCUCGUGCUCAACGAGAGGCGGACGGCGUGGCUCGCCGUGCUCCGGUUCGUCAUGGUGCUGGACCUGCUCGGCCUCAUGGGGGCCUUCGCCACCGGGAGCUGCGAGGACCUGCCGACCACCGUAUACGUCUCCACGCUGGUCGUCGCUCUCGCCGCCUACGUCGGCAUCCACAUCCUCCUGGCCACCUACGCGCCAUCGGAGGCCGGCCAGACCUCCCCCUCGCAAGUGGUGGUGCGCGAGAAGGAGAGACCCGAUGACGCGCUCAAGCUCAAAGAGCAGCGCAAGGUGCUGCUGCUGCUCGCGACGUUCGCGACCGGCAUCUCGUACGCCGCCGGCCUGAACCCGCCCGGUGGCUUCCUUGGCGAAACCGAGGGCAGACACGAAGCUGGCGACCCGAUGCUGAAGGUCCACCAGUUGGCUCGUCUGAUGGCCUUCUUCUACUGCAACGCCACGGCGUUCGUCGCGUCGCUGCUCAUCAUCGUGCUGCUCCUGGGACGACGGCUGCAGAGGUACUACGCCGACUUGCAGAUGUACGGGUUCAUCCUCGUCGUGCUGCUCGGCCUCCUGGGCGCCUACGCCGCCGGGAGCUCGAGGAAGGCCGACACGACGGCCUACGUCGUCGUUCUCGUCGCCGCGGUCCUCGUGUACAUCCUCCUCGUGAUGGUGGUCAUGGUGCUCGUCCCGGAUCCUCUCAAGAGCAGCGGCUCCUGGCUAAGACUCAAGAGCAUCUCCGCGCGCGCGUCGCACUGGCUGCAAGAACGCGGGUGCCACCAGAACCAGACCGAAAGUCAAAGCUCAUCGCCGGCGCGUGAGUUGCUGGCGACAUCAGGCGGCGGGUGGCAAGGGAGCCUCGCCGACGAGGUGAACACGGGCAACAAGAACGAAGGCAUCGAGAAGGCCAAAUCUCUGAUUCUGCUGCUCGCCACUCUCGCCGCCACCAUCACUUACCAAGCGGGGAUGGACCCGCCCGGCGGCGUGUGGCAAGAAGCUGACGAGCAAGGGCGCUACAAGGCCGGCGACCCGAUCCUCCUGUUCAAGCACGCUGCUCGGUACAAGGCGUUCUUCUACUGCAACUCCACCGCGUUCGUCGCGUCCUUGGUCGUCAUCCUCAUGGUCCAGAACAAGAGCCUGAUGAGCGGGCACGUGCUGGAGGUGGCCAUGAUACUGGACCUGUUUGGCCUCAUCGGCGCGUACGCCGCCGGGAGCUGCCGAGAGGUGAGCACCUCCAUCUACGUCGUGGCCUUGGCGGGCGCCGUCCUGGUGUACGUGGUCAUCCAUGUCGUCUUCUUCACCCUCGACAACGAGGACCUGAGCAACGAGGAGAAGAGGAGGAUCGACAAGCGGCGCAAGCGGCUGCUGCUCCUGGCCAUCCUGGUGGCCACCAUCACCUACCAGGCCGGGCUCACCCCGCCGGGCGGCUUCUGGACCAAAGAUGGCCCCAAAUACAGUGCGGGUUCCCCAGUCCUCGAAGACCACGACGAGUACCGGAGAAGGUACCUGGCGUUCUUCUACUUCAACUCGACGAGCUUCAUGGCGUCCAUGGCGCUCAUCGUCAUGCUCGUGAACCCGAACCUGUACCGGCCGGGCAUACGGUGCUACGCGCUCUACGUGUGCAUGGUGGUCGCUCUGUUCGGCCUGAUGGGCGCCUACGCCGCCGGGUGCGCCCGGCAGCUGCGCACGUCCAUCUACGUCUUCGUGCUCGUCGGCGCGGUCGUCGCCUUCAUAGUCGUGCAGCUGCUCGUGUUCUUCAAGUUCUUCGAAAGCUGCGCCACCCCCGACGGAGAAAACGGCUCCUCCUCCGGGUCAAGCGCCGCCGCCGGCAGCAGCAGCAAGGCAAACACGCCGUCUUCCUCCUCUAGGCCACGACGAGGUAGCUCACCCAAGCCCAGGCCCAGCACGGAGGCGACUUCCAGGCGGCGGAAGUACCUGAUGCUGCUGGCAAUCCUGGCGGCAAGCGUCACCUACCAGGCCGGCCUGAAGCCGCCGGGCGGCGUGUCGGAGCGAUGGGCCACCGCGGGGAACUCGUUGCUGCGCAGGAGCGACCUGGCCCGGUUCCGGGCCUUCUUCUACUGCAACUCCACCUCCUUCGUGGCGUCGGUGGUGGUCAUCGUGCUGCUGCUGCAGGAGUCCCUGCAGGACCACGCCCUGCUGCUCUACGCCAUGAACACGGCGAUCGUGCUGGACCUGCUGGGCCUCCUGGGCGCCUACGCCGCCGGGAGCAGCCGGGAGUGGGACACGUCCGGGUACGUCAUCGCGCUGGCCGCCGCCGUGCUCGCCUACGUCGGCAUCCACCUCGUGCUAUGGAUGCUCGGCGGCCGGAGAGGCCGAGGGAGAGUGGCCAGUGUCCCGCAGCAGCUGCUGCCCGCUGUGCCGAAAGACACAAGGAGAUGUUCUUCCUCCCCGUGUUGAAGGCUUGAAGCUCAUGUAGAAUUGUCUUUUUGAAAUUCUGUUUCCAGCUCCUGUUAAUUGGAGUAAGCAGUUGGAUCGGUGCUUCCUACUUUCUAGGGCAUGGCCAAUGCAUAGCCCAUGAUGAUGUCUCGCAUGCCAUGUAGUAUGGGAUGUCAUGAGAAAUCCCAGGAGUAAAGACCCGGAGGGAAUGAGCUUCUCACAUCGAUUAGCGAA